AUGUCACGUGCGUUGCCCCUCACCGCCAACCGCACUACUUCUCAAAGCUCGUUCCCGCUUAUGCUACAGCGACCUUCGGGAAAGGCUGCGCGGGGUCGGGGUGGGGGAGGGGAGAGGAAAAAAAAGAGGGGUUCAGGCAGCAAAAACCGCUCAAAAAAGCGCCAAACCCCGCACGCUGAAACCUCAGGUGUCCUCCCGGCAGCGCGGGGUGGAACCGAGCCCGUCCUUGGCACCACCGGCCCCGCCCCGCCGCGCCUGCGCAAACCGACCCCGCGCGGCGCCUCCGGGGCGCUGCCCGGCACGGUGCCCGCGGGCGGCGGCCGACGGGGCCAAGCACCCCCCACACCCCCGCGCCGCCACCGCUGUCACCUCGCAGGGCAGGUGACACGGGCGUCACAGCCCCGCCCGGCCCAGCCCCGCGCGUGCGCACCAGCCCCAAGGAGUGAGGGCGAGGCAGGAGCCCAGAGCACGCGCCAGCCGGAACCGCGCAAUGCGGCGGGGCUCGCGCGCUCCCGCCCCGCCCGGCUCUCCCUCUCGCUCUCCCUCUCUCCCUCCCUCCGCUCCUCUCUCCCGAUCCCUCUCCCUCUGCUCUGCUCUCCCGCCCGCCCGCGGCACAACGGAAGGGAAGAUCUGCGGCGGCCCCGAGGCCGGCUGACUCGGCCAAUAGGCGCGCGGGGCGCUCUUCCCGCCCUCGGCGGCGUGUCCAAUCGGCGGGCAGCGGGGGAGGGACCACGCGCGGGAUUGGGUCGAAGGCGACGCCACCGCCCGCCCACCCGCAAAAAAAAAAAAAACGACGGCAGCGCAGAGGCCCAAAAAGCCCGAGGGGAGACGGCGGCGCGGCGGCCCCGUGAGCCCCCUCCGCGAGGGCCCGAGGCGGCGGGCGUCCCCGCGCCGCCGGGCGGCGGGGCGAGGCGGCCGCGCCGCGGCGGUCAGCGCUUACCGUGCAGGGGGAGCUGGGCGCCUCCGCUUGUGCCGAGCCGUGUCACCAGUGGCGCGCCGUAG